AUGGCUUCUCUUUCAGGGAAGAUAUGUACUCUCCUGCAUAUACGACCUGAGCAGGUAGCCAAGGCUGGGAAGCCAGUGCCAGCCAUUCACCUCCCACUUCCUCAUCCAGAAGUGGAGGUCCAAAAGGAGCCUGCAGAAGGGGUGACAGAAGAGGAGGGGGAUCACGUAGAGCCCACAGGGCAGGAUGAUGAGAACAGGGGCCCCCAUGGCAGUGGGGAUAUGUUAUUUACAUCUAGGCCCCUAGACACCAGCAGAGUUCUCACCUCCCUGGAGUGCAGGCCGGGGCCUCUGGACCACCAUCCUAGACCCCCAGAAGUUGGCUUGAGUGAGACCACCCAGAUGUCUCAGGUGAGCUCCUCCUCUGAAGACCAUAUGGCCGCCGCUUCUUGCAGCCCUUAUGGAGAUGUCCCGCCUCCUGGAAGGCUUGAUCCAGAAGCAGCAGUGCUCUCUGAACCAACUUCAUGCUGCUCCUGGCUGCCGGAGGCAUGCACGGAGGCAGUGCCAGGUGAAGAUCAUCAGCCAAGCUCUGCAGACUCACUGCCGUCUGGGAAGAAGACGCAGGGCAUGAAGCCUGCAGUCAUGCCAUCCAGGAGCUCUUUGCCAGGACCUGCCAGCAGCAGGUCCCACAUGAGGAAAGCGUUCAUGCCUCUGGCGCUCCUGUUGCUGUAG